UAAUGUUAAGAUAUUUUACUAAUCCUAAUAAUAAUAUCUUUCCCAAUUUCCCUUCUCCAAUCCCCACAACACAAGCUCACAAGCUCACAAGCUCACAAGCUCACAACUCCAUCCAUGGAAUCCCUCCAAUCUUCCUUUCUCUCUCCAACUCCUCUCCUAAAACCCCACCUUCAACCUCCCCUCAAAAACCCAAAUACCAUUACCCAUAUCCACUGCUCCAUUUCCCCCGACCCAUGGACUCUCAGCACCGGCAACAACAACAACAACAACAACAACAACCCAAAACCUCGUUCCAAAAACCCCAAAAACCCACUCUCCGACGACAACGCCCGACGCAUAAUCAAAGGUAAAGCACGCUACUUAAGCGCCUUGCGCAGAAACCAAGGCCCUCAAGCGCAAACCCCGAGGUGGGUUCGCCGUUCUCCGGAGCAAAUGGUUCAGUACUUGCAAGAUGAUCGUAAUGGUCAUUUGUAUGGUAAACAUGUUGUUGCUGCUAUUCAAGUUGUUCGUAGCUUAUCCCAGAAAAGUGAGGGUAGUUAUGAUAUCAGAAAAGUUAUGGGAUCUUUUGUUACUAAACUUACUUUUAGAGAAAUGUGUGUUGUGUUAAAGGAACAAAAGAGUUGGCGCCAAGUUAGGGAUUUCUUUGCUUGGAUGAAAUUGCAGCUGUGCUACCGUCCUAGUGUUAUUGCGUACACAAUUGUCUUGCGUGCAUAUGGUCAAAUUGGGAAGAUUAAGCUGGCUGAGGAGACCUUUCUUGAGAUGCUUGAUGCAGGAUGCGAACCUGAUGAAAUUGCUUGUGGAACUAUGCUGUGUACAUAUGCUCGAUGGGGACGCCACAAAGCUAUGUUAGCUUUUUACACUGCUGUGCGAGAGAGGGAUGUGGUACUUUCUGUUGCAGUUUAUAAUUUCAUGCUGUCAUCCUUGCAAAAGAAAUCACUUCACCAAUAUGUGAUACAGAUAUAUAGGGACAUGGUUGAUAAGCGGGUUGUACCUAACCACUUUACCUUCACAGUUGUCAUCUGCUCACUUGUAAAGGAAGGUCUUCUUGAAGAGGGUUUGGCAACUUUCAAUAAGAUGAAGAGCCUUGGUUUUGUUCCUGAAGAAGUCAGUUACAGCCUUCUCAUUACAUGUAAUGUCAAAGAAGGCAACCAAGAUGAGGUAUUGAGGCUUUAUGAAGACAUGCGAUAUCGAGACAUAAUUCCAAGUAACUUUACUUGUGCUUCUCUUUUAACUCUCUACUAUAAGAAUGGGGAUUACUCGAAGGCCCUGUCUCUGUUUUCAGAAAUGGAAAGGUUUAGAAUCCGGGCUGAUGAAGUCAUUUAUGGUUUACUUGUCAGGAUAUAUGGGAAGCUUGGUCUUUGUGAAGAUGCAGAAAAGACUUUUGAAGAGGCUGGAAGAUUGGGUCUUCUUAGUGAUGAGAAAACAUAUACAGCAAUGGCACAAGUGUAUCUUAGUUCAGGGGAAUAUGUAAAAGCUUUGCAGACCAUGGAAGUGAUGAGGUCUCGAAAUAUAACACUAUCCAGAAUUGGUUAUAAUAUCUUGUUGAAGUGUUACAUUAUGAAGGAAGAUUUGGGAUCUGCUGAAGCCACUUUUCAGUCUUUAUCCAGCAUUGGAGUCCCGGAUUCAGGAUCUUGUAAAACCAUGCUCAACAUGUUUCUGAGAGAGGCACUGCUUGAGAAGGCCAAAAAUUUUAUAGUUCAGAUAAGAAAGGACAAUGUCGUGUUUGACGAGGAGCUCUGCAGGACUGUGAUGAAGGUGUACUCCAAGGAAGGAAUGAUUAGAGAAGCCGAGCAGUUUAUUGAAGACGUAUGUGGAAACGAAUCUUUGGAAAAUAGUAGCUUUAUUCAAACUGUUUCCUUGAUUUUGCGUGCAGAAGAUGGCAAAGUUGAGAAAAAAGAAGGCAGUUUGCGGGCCCCUGGGUUGCUUAAUACUAGUGCACUAGAGCUUAUGCUUCGUCUUUAUUUAGCAAAUGGCAGUAACAUCAAGACUAGAUACACACUCGAACUUUUGCUUGAAUCUGCUGAUGGCUUAUCUGUUACAAAUCAACUCAUUUGCAAGUUUAUUCGUGAAGGUGAUGAAUCUAAAGCUGAAAUGAUCUAUGAUCUAUUAAUUAAAAGGGACUCAAGAGCGCAGGGUGAGAUCUUGGCUUCUAUGAUUACUUUAUAUGGGAAGCAACAAAAACUGGAAAAAGUUAAAGCACUGUUUGCAGCUGUGGUGAAUUCUGAUAUUUGUGGAACUGAAAUAUACAAUUCAGUGAUUGAUGCCUGUGUCAACUGUGGUGAUCCUGGGGAAGGUUACCAGGUUUACAAGGAGAGCACAAAAAGAGGAAUCACUUUGAGUCCCAUUAUCAUCAGUGUCCUUGUAAACAAUCUAACAAACCGUGGGAUGCAUCAGGAAGCAGAGAAUAUAAUACGCAGAAGUUUGCAUGACAACUUGGUGCUUGACACUAUUGCAAAUAAUACAUUUAUUAAGGCAAUGUUGGAAGCAGGUAAAUUGCAUUUUGCUGCCACAAUUUAUGAACGCAUGCUAUCAACUGGAGUUUCCCUGUCAAUUCAGACCUGUAGCACUAUGAUCAGUGUCUAUGGGAGGCAAAGAAACCUGAUCAAAGUAGUAGAGAUGUUCAGCAUGGCGCAGAAUUUGGGCAUACCGUUGGAUGAGAAAGUUUACACUAAUCUAAUAAGCAUAUAUGGGAAGUUUGGAAAGGCUCAGGAAGCAUCUACAUUAUUUGCUAAAAUGCAGGAGGAAGGCAUUAGACCUGGGAAGAUAAGCUACAAUGUUAUGUUAAAUGUAUAUGCCGCUGUGGGACAUUAUUCGGAGGCAGAAGAACUUUUUAAGGCAAUGCAGAGAGAUGGAUUCUCUCCUGAUUCCGUAACCUACCUCGCCCUUAUUAAAGCUUACACAGAGAGUAUGAAAUACCGGGAAGCAGAACUCACCAUCUUAUCCAUGGAGAAAGAAGGGAUACAACCUUCCUGUGCUCAUUACAACCUCUUAAUAUCAGUCUUUGCCAAAGCUGGCUUAAUUGAGGAAAUUGACCGGGUUUUCAAUACAAUGCUUGCUUCUGGAUUAAAACCCGACAUGAUAUGUUGUCGGACCAUAUUAAGGAGUUACAUGGACUACGGAUAUGUGGAUAAAGGCAUUUCUCACUUUGAAAGGAUUCAAAAGAAUUUGGAGCCUGACAGGUAUACAAUGAGUGCUGCUGUUCACUUGUACAAAUCUGCAGGCGAAGAUCUUCGUGCAGAAGUUGUCUUAAAUUCUAUGAAUGAUAUGGGAAUUUCAUUUUUGAGAAAUCUAGAAAUUGGAUCUAAGGCUAGAACUUUGUCGAAGUUGGCAAACAUAUAGACAGAUAUAGUCCUUGAGUUCAUGAAGCAGUUCUUGCUUUUGUACAUGAUUUUGUAUAAUGUUCUUGAUCGGACGACGAACUGGGUUGUAUCAGUUGUUGUUAAGGUGUUAAUUCCUCUAUCAAUACCGUAUAUGGUAUAUAAGAAAGAGCAAAUGAAGUGGAUCAAUAUAGAACAUUCCAACCCCUUUUCUCCCA